GCCACCUAGCGGGGCGGGGAGACGCAUGCGUGCUCCCGGGGGUCCAGUACGACGCACCCUGCCAUAUUGUUUUCACACUCUCCGUCUCCCCGCUCGACUCUCACGCAAAAAUGGGCCGCAAGAAGAAGAAGCAGACUAAACCCUGGUGUUGGUACUGCAACCGGGAAUUUGACGAUGAAAAAAUUUUAAUACAGCAUCAGAAAGCCAAACACUUCAAAUGUCAUAUAUGUCACAAGAAAUUAUACACAGGUCCAGGUUUAUCCAUCCAUUGUAUGCAGGUACACAAGGAAACAAUAGACAAAGUUCCGAAUGCCCUUCCAAAUCGAAACAAUAUAGAAAUAGAAAUAUAUGGAAUGGAGGGUAUACCGGAGGAGGAUCUAAAGGAGCACGAAAGACAACGUGCGGGGAGAAUGGGUCCCGGAGGUCGGCGGCAAGAUGAAGAAGACGACGACGACUCGCAAUCUAGUCUCCCCGGCCAGUCGAAUCCACCGCCCCCAUCCGUGCCUUCUCAGGGACCACCUGGACCCAUGGGUCCCAUGAUGGGUCCAAAUGGACCCAUGAUGCCAAUGAUGGGACACAUGGGGCCAAUGGGGCAUAUGCCUCCUUAUAUGGGUGGACCAGGCAUGAUGGGUGGACCUAUGGGGCAUUUAGGCCCCAUGCCUCCACCUGGUGGCCCUCCUGUCGCCAACCCUCCCAGCACGUCUCAACCACCUAACAAACCACUCUUCCCAUCUGCGGCACAGUUUGCAUUCAAGACUGGCUACGCAACAACACUGUGCAGCUUAUUGCAUAACACAACCACCAGCAGUCAAAUUGGCCCAGUUAAACCGGCAUUUCCAGCAUAUAGUCAAGCUAACGGUCAGUCUGUUCCCAACAACCAGUCUUCAGGUAUUAACAGUGGAUCCCAAGACAAGAUGGAGCCCAAGAAACCUGCACUAAUAACUACGGUGUCUGCCAACUCCCGUAUUAUACACCCAGAGGAGGACAUCUCUCUGGAAGAGAAGCGGGCAGGUAUGCCUCGGUACCAGUUGGCUCCCCGAGCCUCCCCACAAAGGGCCCGGGCUCCUGCCCCGGCUCCACCCCCCCAGCGCGUGGAGUCUCCACCCGUGAGUACUGCACCUUCACGCCUCUCUCAACUUGUGCCUGCCUGCCUGGACCAUUUCUACCCACCGGCGAUGUGUUUAGACACACAGGAGGAGCGUCGAAUGAAGAUGGCGCGUUACAACCAAGUCAGUGCUGCUGCUGCAGCAAUGGCUAUGAGUGGGAUGAUGUCCCAUCAUGCAGGGGUGCGGCCCGCUCACCCUGGUGUGGUGGUCGAGGCCCCCCCUAUGGUAUCAACCAUAGGUCCCACUAUGGUAACCACCAUGUCACCAGCUAUGGUGCCUACUGGGCACAUGGCCAUACCGGUAUCUCUUCCAGCCAUUAUGCGGCCGAACAUGCAACCAAUAAUGACUCAGCCCAUAAUGUCACCUGCAGUUGCUACGAUGCCCACUGGCAUGCCCCCCCUCCCAUUAGGAGGUAUGAGACCACCCCUAGGUCUACCACAAGUGUGUUGGUUAACUAUUUCAGCUCUGCCUGGUCAUGGGCAAAUGGCCCCCGGGUUAGCUGGUCCACCAAUGAUGGGUGCCCCCAUGAUGGGAGGGCCUCAUAUGAUUCCACGCUUCAGGUGACCACCAGGCCUCGGUAUGUAGCCAGCAGGUAGGAAGCAACAGGAUGGGCAGCGGCAGGUCGGCGCUGGUGAGGCAACGUACGCAUGCCUUCAUCAUGACUGGUAGUCAGCCUCCUCACCGACCCUCCCUCGCUCGCUCGCUCGCUAAGCACACUAGCGCAGUCGGUCAGUCACUAAGUUGACCUGUGGGGCAAAACCAACACACACGUGGGACUAUCCAAGAUGAAUCUGCUGUCUCCAUUAUCUGCAUUAUAGGAAAGAAUUCUCAAACACCACUCAUGCAAAAAGAUUUAGCCAUGUCCACUUCUAGGUAAAGUUGAGAUAGGAAUAAUUCCAAUGAAUUAGAGGAUAGGGACACGAAUUUAUAUCCCAUGAGUGAUGUUUUUGUGUGGUAGAGUUUUUUAAUUUAAUCUUAAUAUCAAAAAGCUAACAAACAUGUUGACAAAACAAUGUUGAAAUUGUAGUGGGUCCCUAACACUUGUUGGUUUUCCAUCACAGUUCGGUUAGUCCUGUGUGGACAAGCUAACAUUGCAUCAUUUUGCAGCAAGCAUCUGUUAUCAUCUGUUAUUGACUUCUUUGUCUCAUUUUUUUUUUUUUUAUCAUUGCUCUGAUCAGUGUUGAAAUGUUUAUCCACGAGACUGUCGUUUGUGUGCCGCCCACGUGGAAUUAAGUUUGAGCAAGUGGUGCUUGUAUACUUGCUUCUUGGGACCUACACUUGAUUGUAUGUAUUUAUACUCUGAUCCAGCUCAAGUGGGCAAGAGGUGGCUCUCUCAAGUCCAACAUCUGUGUGUUUCCCCUCAAUGACUUAUUGUAUUCCAAGCCUUAGUAAUCACUAUGAUUAAUUUGCUGGAGAUGAGUCGAUUAGUGCAGAUGUUGCUUGGGGGAGUUUGGUUCUGGCAGUAACUUGGGCUGGGAUGGAGGAUGCAGGCUCGACUGUUCUAUUCUUGGAGCGUUUAAGCACCUGUAUUAUAGUGUUUUUAGGUUUCAUCAUUCUUUUUUGAGUGAUAAUUGUGUAUUUGUGAAUUUUUCUCUUUAAGGUAAGAAACUGUUUAGUUUAUAAGGUAAGAAGCUGUUUAGUUUAGAAAUGGUAGUUCUUCACAAAAGCACUGUUGGAAUUUUAUCCUACCUAUACAGAUGUUAACAGCAGGUUAGUCCAUUUAUAUAAUUUUUUUGCAAGUUGUACAAAUGAAUUUGUAAAUUGUUGAAAGGGAGAUCCCAUUAGCAGCCGUAAGUACUUUUUUGUAUUUAUCAGUCACGUUAUUGCUACCAGGAAUCUAGUGACUUACACUAUCAGCUUUGUUAAAAAUGAUGAUCACCUGUUUAUUAUUGUAUGUUGUGAAAUAAAUACUAAUUAAGUUGUCAA